UUUUGGACUCCCUCCCUCCCACUCCAAACUUUGUUUUGCCGCACAUCUCUCUCUCUUUCUCUCCGACUUUUUCUUUUUUUUUUUCCUUCGCCAUUAUCCUCUAGAGAGGAGAGAGAGGGAAACGAAGGUGAGGCGGCGGCGAUGGCGAUGGCGGCGUCUCCGAGGUGGCUUCCUCUGCUAGUUCUCGGGCUUCUCGUGGGUUUACCUGGAAGCUUGGGGUGGAUCGGGGCCGAGGGCUUCUAUGAUUCAAGCAGGAAUGGUGAGGGAAUUGGGCGGAGGCGAUUGAGAGAAGGCCGGCCGCCGGCGAAUGAGACGGCUUCUUCUUCCAUGGCUGAGAGGCCUGCGCUCAAGGCAGCGGAGGGAGCCGUCGAUGACCCGGAAAUGGUUGCUUCUACGGUGCAGAUGACCAUAAGGAACAGCGCCGCUCGCCGGGCCCUGGGAUAUCUUUCCUGUGGAACCGGCAAUCCCAUCGACGACUGCUGGCGCUGCGACUCCGACUGGCACCUCCACCGCACGAGGCUGGCCGACUGCGGCAUUGGCUUUGGCCGCAAUGCCGUCGGCGGGCGCGACGGGAGUUUGUACGUGGUGACCGAUCCCGGGGACGACGACCCUGUGAACCCACGGCCGGGGACUCUGCGGUAUGCCGUGAUCCAGGAUGAGCCCCUCUGGAUUGUGUUCGAGCGCGACAUGGUCAUCACCCUCAAGCAGGAGCUCAUCAUGAACAGCUUCAAGACCAUCGACGGCCGCGGCGCGAACGUGCACAUCGCCAACGGCGCCUGCAUCACCAUCCAGUUCGUCUCCAACAUCAUCAUCCACGGCCUCCACAUCCAUGAUUGCAAGGCAACCGGGAACGCCAUGGUCCGCAGCUCUCCUUCCCACUAUGGCUGGAGGACGAUGGCUGAUGGGGAUGGCGUCUCCAUUUUUGGCUCCAGCCACGUGUGGGUGGACCACUGCUCCCUCUCUAACUGCGCCGACGGCCUCGUUGAUGCCGUCAUGGGAUCCACUGCCAUAACCAUCUCCAACAAUUACCUCACCCACCACAAUGAGGUGAUGCUUCUGGGUCACAGUGAUUCCUAUGAGAAAGACAAGGACAUGCAAGUUACCAUCGCAUUCAACCACUUUGGUGAAGGCCUGAUUCAGAGAAUGCCAAGAUGCAGGCAUGGUUACUUCCAUGUGGUAAAUAAUGACUAUACCCAUUGGGAGAUGUAUGCCAUUGGUGGGAGUGCAAGCCCAACAAUCAACAGCCAGGGCAACCGAUACCUAGCCCCCGCCAACGCCUUUGCCAAGGAGGUGACCAAAAGAUUGGACUCAUCUUCGAAUGAGUGGAAGAGUUGGAAUUGGAGAUCAGAGGGUGACCUGCUGCUCAAUGGGGCAUAUUUCACCCCCUCUGGAGCAGGGGCUUCAGCAAGCUAUUCAAGGGCCUCCAGCCUUGGGGCCAAGCCUUCUUCUAUGGUUGGAACGAUGACUUCGGGAGCAGGGGCCCUCUCAUGCCGCAAGGCUGCUCAGUGCUAAUGCUACUACACCCACCUCCAGUUUGCAAGAACGCAAAAAAAGAUGAAGCACUCUAUUUUCACAUCAUUGCAAUUUUUUUUUCCAUUUACAGUCAACCAUGCAAUUCCUCUUCCCAACCUCCGCCUGCUCCGGUACUUAUUCGAAUGUGAAGCAGGUGCGGCAGCGUUGUCGAUUUAUCAUUCCUGGAUCCUUGCUUAUGUUCUCUCUUAUAUAUUCUCCAUAACUUCACGUAUCUCCCAUUGUUCAGGGAUUGAUUGGCUUAUGGAAUUUCACUUCCUUGUUGUAUGCAAUUUUCAUGGCAUUGUUAUUAAUAUGGCGUGCAAGUCUGUUGUAACAGAUGCAUUUUUCUUUUAAGGAAAAGUUGUUUCUGCAGUCUUGGUUACUCUAAA